UUCGCGACAGUUGGGCUGUCGUAAACCGGUGAAUGGCUCCCGUGUAGCCAAAGGGAAGAAAGGAGGGAGCCGGCGAGCGUGCGCGGCGGCCGCUGAACGUUCCCGCUGAGGCGCUGAAGAGAUCAUGGAUCCCAACCGAAUUAUCCAGGCGCUCAAAGGCACCAUCGACCCCAAGCUGCGCCUCGCGGCCGAGAAUGAGCUCAACCAGUCCUACAAGAUAAUAAACUUUGCUCCCAGCCUGCUACAAAUCAUUGUUUCUGAUCAAGUGGAAUUCCCAGUCAGGCAAGCAGCUGCUAUUUACUUGAAAAACAUGGUGACACAAUACUGGCCAGACCGAGAGCCCCCGCCAGGAGAAGUGAUAUUUCCAUUCAAUAUUCAUGAAAAUGAUCGUCAGCAGAUUCGGGAUAAUAUUGUAGAAGGAAUUAUUCGUUCUCCAGACUUAGUGAGAGCCCAGCUGACAAUGUGCCUUCGUGCUAUUAUUAAGCAUGACUUCCCAGGUCACUGGACGGCCGUGGUGGACAAGAUUGGGUUUUACCUGCAGUCGUCCAAUAGCGGAAGCUGGCUUGGAAGCCUCCUCUGCCUGUACCAAUUGGUAAAAACCUAUGAAUAUAAGAAAGCUGAGGAACGAGAGCCUCUCAUUGCCGCAAUGCAAAUAUUCUUGCCUCGAAUUCAGCAGCAGAUGAUCCAGCUUCUUCCUGACAACUCCCAUUAUUCUGUGCUCCUUCAGAAACAGAUCUUGAAAAUAUUCUAUGCACUUGUUCAGUACGCUUUGCCACUUCAGCUGGUGAAUAACCAAACGAUGACUCAGUGGAUGGAGAUUUUCCGGACUGUCAUUGACAGAAGUGUGCCUCCUGAAACUCUGCAGGUUGAUGAAGAUGAUCGGCCAGAAUUGGUGUGGUGGAAAUGUAAGAAGUGGGCUUUUCGGAUUGUUGCUCGUCUUUUUGAAAGAUAUGGUAGUCCUGGAAAUGUAACAAAAGAAUAUUUUGAAUUUUCUGAAUUCUUCUUGAAAACCUAUGCUGCGGGAAUCCAGCAGGUACUCCUAAAAAUCUUGGAUCAAUACAGGCAGAAAGACUAUGUAGCUCCACGUGUCCUUCAACAAACAUUAAACUAUCUGAACCAGGGAGUCCAUCACUGUAUAACCUGGAAGCAGAUGAAACCCCAUAUGCAGACUUUGUGUGAAGAAGUCAUCUUUUCUCUGAUGUGUUAUAAAGAUGAGGAUGAAGAACUCUGGCAGGAGGACCCAUAUGAAUACAUCCGCAUUAAAUUUGAUGUGUUUGCGGAUUAUGCAUCCCCUGCAACAGCAGCCCAGAUUCUUUUGUACACUGCGGCAAAAAAACGAAAAGAGGUGUUACCAAAAAUGAUGGCAUUUUGUUAUCAGAUUCUCACUGAGCCCAACAUUGACCCUAGAAAGAAAGACGGGGCAUUGCAUGUAAUUGGAUCACUAGCAGAUAUUUUGCUGAAGAAAAGCAUGUUCAAGGAUCAGAUGGAAUUGAUGCUGCAGAAUCAUGUCUUUCCGUUAUUCAUGUCAAAUCUUGGAUAUUUAAGAGCAAGAUCCUGUUGGACCCUUCAUUCAUUCAGCACCUUAAAAUUUCACAAUGAGCUCAAUCUAAAGAAUGCCGUUGAACUAAUAAAAAAGAGCUUGAUUGAAGACAAAGAAAUGCCUGUCAAAAUGGAAGCUGCCAUUGCACUUCAGUCCUUGAUAAGCCAUCAGGAGCAAGCAAAGGAAUACAUUAAGCCCUACAUCAGGCCUGUCAUGCAGGAGCUGCUGCUUGUAGUUCGAGAGACUCAGAACGAUGAUCUUACCAAUGUAAUUCAGAAGCUGAUUUGUGAAUACAGCCAAGAAGUAGCCACAAUUGCUGUGGAAAUGACGCAGCAUCUAGCAGAGAUUUUUGUUAAAGUUCUUCAGAGUGAAGAGUAUGAAGAAAUGGAGGAUAAAACUGUUAUGGCCAUGGGGAUCCUGCAUACAAUUGACACGAUCCUAACUGUCGUGCAGGAUCACAAGGAGAUAACUCAACAACUGGAGAGCAUUUGCCUGCAAAUCAUUGGUCUUGUCUUGCAGAAGCAUGUAAUAGAGUUCUACGAAGAAAUUCUCUCUCUGGCAUACAGCUUGACAUGCCAUCUUAUUUCACCCCAAAUGUGGCACCUCCUGGGUGUCUUGUAUGAAGUGUUUCAACAGGAUUGCUUCGAGUACUUCGCAGAUAUGAUGCCCCUAUUGCACAACUACGUCACUGUUGAUACUGAUAUUUUAUUGUCAAAUUCCAAAAAUUUGGAGAUAAUUUAUACUAUGUGUAAAAAGGUCCUAACUGGUGAUGCAGGGGAAGACGCUGAGUGCCACGCAGCAAAGCUCUUAGAGAUUAUUAUAUUGCAGUGCAAAGGAAGAGGUAUUGAUCAGUGCAUCCCUCUGUUUGUAGAAGCUGUACUUGAGCGCUUAACGCGAGGGGUUAAAACCAGCGAGCUCCGCACCAUGUGUCUCCAGGUUGCCAUUGCUGCCCUCUACUACAACCCCGAGCUCCUUUUGCACACUUUGGAGAACAUCCGGUUUCCCCAUAACCCAGAGCCUAUCACUGCGCAGUUUAUAAACCAGUGGAUGAACGAUACAGACUGUUUUCUUGGGCUUCAUGACAGGAAGAUGUGCAUCAUCGGACUGAGCAUCCUUAUGGGACUGCCGUCUCGACCCCCUGCAGUAGACGCUGUGGCUGCCCAGAUUGUCCCAUCUGUUCUCCUCCUAUUCCUGGGACUAAAACAAAUGUGCGCCACCCAGCAACAUACAGAACACGAAGAGCAUGGGAAAGCUGAAAAGAACGAUGCAGAAGAUAAUGAAGAGAUUCCAAGUGAUGAAGAGGAAGUAAAUGAAGCAAAUCAGGACAUGCAGGAGAACCAUGCUGGGGGUGGUGGUGAUACAGGGGAUGAUGAUGAUGACGAUGAUGACGACGAAGACUGGGAUGAUGAAGCAUUAGAAGAAACUGCUUUAGAAGGCUUCAGCACUCCUAUUGAUCUAGAAGAUGGCGUGGAUGAAUAUCAGUUCUUCACACAAGCAUUGUUAGCUAUACAAAGCCGAGAUGCUGGCUGGUACCAUUUGUUGACUGCACCACUCAGCACUGAUCAGAAGACUCAGUUGCAGGAAAUCUGUGCAUUAGCUGAACUCCGGAGAAAUACUGCAGAGUCAAAGAGGAUAGAACAACAAACGGGCUUCCCAUUCGAUAACAAAGGACUGGUCUCUGGAUAUAACUUUGGCACUGCACCAGGAAGCAACUGAAAAGAGCUUAAAGAACUGUACAAAAACAUUUCAUUAUUAAAAAAAAAUGGUGACUUAUGAACAGGGAAUAUAAUCAAGAGGUCUGCAAGUUUUCCCCUUCGGAAAAGGCAGUAUUUGACCCUCUUCCCCCCCGCUCAUUAAGACAUUCUUUCUAACCAGCUGCUGUAAUGUAUAAAUCCUUGUGGGUAUUUUUAUAAGUUGUUGGACUGAAAAGAAAGCAUCUGUCCCCUCUUCUUUCUCCUUAGGAAAGGGGGAACCAGCUAUUUGAAACCGAAUGGAAUUGCACUUCUCAGGUUUUUGCCGUGUGAAAUUGAAGGGGUCUUAUGGAUAACAGUGCCUUCUGUUGUAUAUACGGAUUGCCCAACAAAAUUUUUUGCUUUUUUGUUUGUUUGUUUGUUUCAAAGAAAAAGGGCAUAGAAAAGGUCGUAAAUCAUACCUUCCUUUCCAUACUCUUGCGUUAAACUUCCUCUAAAGAAAUCAUGGCUGUAUUGUGCCCGUCGCACAUUUUACAGUUAACUAUAGAAACCGUUGUUAACAUCCCUGCGUAUGUGUUGGCUUCUACAUCAUGCCUCAUUGAGUUAAAAAAAAAUGUCUUUGCAUUCACUGCUGUUACCAGAUGGUGAAUUGUUUUUAAAUUUUUCUUUAGAGUGGUCAGGCUUUGCGUGGGCUGGUUGUUGUUUUUUCACCAAUCCAAACUUUGCAAAACAUCCUCCUUGUUUACCACGGAAUCCAUCUGCAUGUCCCAAGCCUUUUGAGGUGCUACCUCCGCUUACCUUGGACCAGGGUCUGGCCUAUGAAGACUCUCGCCCUACAUAGCCAAGAAUAGUGGCCUUAAUCUGGCAUCAUCCUCUGUUGGGAUUAGGGUUAAGAUAAAGUAGGAGUCUCCAUCCUAAGACAUCUGGAAAAUCCCACUUUGUAAAGCAAGAUUAGUAACUGUGAGCAGGAUUUCUCUUUUCUUUUCUUUUGCUACUGAUGACCCCCUGGGGAAAAAAUCCCAGUGUUCCAACACUUGGAAAGCACUGCUUUAACAGAAUUUCAUCUUCAGCUCUGGAUCUUUUUGAAUGUGGAUCCCAAGCUUUUCCCAGUGCUGUUGUGGAUUUUGUGUUGUCUCAGUAAUGAGCUUGCCGACCAUGUAAAUAGUUUGUACUGUACUGUUGUUGCUUUGUACUGUUUCAAUUACAGGAUUAUCAUUCUUUUAGCCAUAUUGAUGGUGAGAUUUUAAACUUUUCAAUAAUUGCAUAUAUAGGCCUUUGCCUUUUGCCCAGCGCUUGAGUUUGGUUUUGUUUCCCUCCUUUCCAGUUGCAACCAUAGGGGAGCAAAGGAGAGGGAGGAGUCAAAUGAUGCAUAUGGUUUUACUUAUGCAAGCCCCCCUUUUCUGUAUGGGUCAUGACAUUGCAUACAUGCUUCCCAAAAGGCACAGCUUGGGUCAUAACACAAUAGUGCCUGCAGGUGUCUUCCUUCCUUCCUUCCUUCCUUCCUUCCUUCCUUCCUUCCUUCCUUCCUUCCUUCCUUCCUUCCUUCCUUCCUUCCUUCCUUCCUUCCUUCCUAACGUUUGCCCAGGUUUGUAUACGAGAGUAUAAUAAGAUCACAUUCAGUGGCUCACCUUGCACAAACUUUGUUGAGGACAAGGGACUGAAUCUUUGUAUUCCAGCUGUCUAUCUCAAACCAAAAGACACUGAUUAUGGCCUUUGAGCUUCUGUCCUCCAUAAACCCAUUACAAAAACAUCUAUUUUCCAUAACGCGCUAGCAAACUUUCUACAGUUCUCCAAAACAGUUUUUUAGGAGCUUAAACUUUCUCAGACAAACAGUACAUUUGCAGUUAUGUAAGUGCACUUUCCCCCUUUUAACAUGACAGAAGAAUGGGAAGGGGUUAGAAGGCCCAUUUCAGGGACGACUAUUCAAAGAAAACAAUACCAAACUUCGAAUCUUUAAGGAGAAAUAUAAAGUAUGCUAGUUUGGGAAACUUGAGCAACUUAAUUUUGAGCUAAGAGUUUGCUCAUUAGUCCGUCAUUUACUAAAUUUGGACUGAAAGCCUUUCCUGCUAUCUUGGCUUUUUGUAAACUUCCUUCUCAAAAUGCUAGCUUAAAACUAUUUCACACAAGACAAAAAGCAAAUCUGUAUUUAAUGCAGCAACUUUAAUUCCCGAAAGCACCCAACAGUCAUGUUUAGAUGUGAUGCUUUUUGGGGUACACUUAAAACACGUUUGAUACAAUUCUGAACUGCUUUGGAUGAAGAGAAAUUAGAAUGUAAAUAUUUGGUUUCUUCCCCGUCCCAAUACAAUAGGAUAAACAUUCACCUUCAUUUGCAUUUAUUUUGAUUCUUUACUAAUUCUGUUUCAUAUCCCAAAGAAAUGUUCUAUAAAUGUUUUAGCUUGUUGAAAUGAGCUAAAACCUGGUUCCCUCGUCUCUCUUGAAUUUAUUGUUGCACAGUUGAUAGACCAGAGGCAUUUGCUAGAAAAUACUUAAGAAAGCAAGAGGAAAAAAAAAGAGAGAAUUUGUUGUUCUAACUCUUCAGAUUUUUGUGAAAAUAUGUUUGCAAAGGAAAGUAUAUUUUUAUUUGUUUGUAUCUAUAUGUGAAGGAAAUCCAUUUUUAAAAUAUUAAGUAGCAUUUAGACUACUACUUCGUAGGGAUAACAGCUUGGCUUUUAAAAAAUUCUUUUCGUUUUUGCGUAUCAGAGUCUAAUCCGUCUUCCAGGUGAUUGUGCCCAAAUUUUAUCCUAAGAUGCAUCCACCAAUCACAAAAAUACCAUUGGGGGAUUCAGGGAGGAUUGAUGCUUCUGUGGCAUCCAAGUCCCUACAUAACUUUGCAGCUUUCCUGCCUCUUGGACUUCAUCAGAUUGAAGAGGAGAGAGGCAUGAAAUGCUUUUACCUCCAAGCUUCCUUUUAUGUUCUGGGGGUUUUUUGAGGUGGGGAGGGGGUGUGUGCGUGCAGAGAUGAUUUAGGAUUCUACCAUUUAAACCUGCAAUAUGGAGAUGAUGUGUAAGACGGUCCAACUGCAUGGAUUUGUCAGCUGUUGCAUGCAGAUAGGUACCUAUGCUUCAUUGAUGCCUAGGGAACAUCGGGAACACAUCAGCCGAUGAGACGUUACCAUCUCUAUUUCCCUCCGAUGAAUAUGUCUUUCGUUGUUUUGCCUAUGUUAUGUUGGGUUAUGACAAAUGUAACUUGAGAGAGAGCACUUCCUUAAUUAAAAAGCUUAAUGUGUAAAGCAAUUGUUGGAAAUGCAGAGCUUGAGUGAUUGAGUCGCAUGUGUCUGUUUAUUGUUGAUGAUUCAUUCAUGUUAUGGAUCAGUAUCACAGAUGCAGUAUUACAGUUAUAAAUCAUAUCGCUCCACACACUCUGCUUUAUUUCUUUUGGUCAACCACACUUUGUCUAGUUUUCCAACAUGAAGGUAAGUAUCUUGUCACUCUAACUUUCUGGAUAGGUUAUCAUAAUUGUUACAGUAUCUGCUUUUUCAAUUCCCACCAAUGUCUUUCGGUAGCUGAAGUCAUAUGUAUUGCCACAAAAGAAACAAAACAUCACACCAAGUCCUACAAGAAAAACAUAGGGUAGAGGGUUGGACUAGAAGAUCUCCAAGGUCCCCUCCAUCUCUACAAUUCUAUGUUCUAUGUUAAAACACCAGGGUAGCUCUGCUAAAAAUGGGGAGCGUCUCAGUUGCUCACCGAUGCAAUAUAGAUGCAAGCUUUAUCUCAUCUUUGCGGAGGCCCUAUACACGUGAUGGUGAACCUAUGGCACACGUGCCAGAGGUGGCAUGCAGUGUCCUCUGAUGGCACGCGAGCCGUUGCCCCAGUUCAGCUCUGCUGGGCAUGCACGCAUGCCUCUCGCCAACCAGCUGGUCUUCAGGUCUCUGCCUUGCAUGCGCAGCGGGCAGGGUGCGUGUGGGGGGGCACAUGCACAUGCGCAAGGGUUGCAUGGGUGGCACAUGCAUGCAUGGGGAGCUCCUACGCAUGCAGGGGAGUGAGACACGUGCGGGAGCCGCAUGCACAUUGCAUUUUGAGGGUUCGGACGCGCGCUUUGGGCACAUGGUCCAGAAAAGGUUAGCCAUCACUGCCCUAUAUCCAGCUUCUGCCUUGGUUUUAAAGAGGACAACAUUAUCUAUCUAGGUAGAAGAAAGGUAGGGCUUUGGAGUUAUCUCCCUGCGUACCUGAUCUUAGGCCUGCCCUGGGCUUUAAUGCCAAUUAUUUCCAGGUCCUGUUCUAAUUGGCUUCCCCUAUGUUCAGCCUUUGCCAAAAACCAAGAUGCUGGACUUGAUGGAACAACACGCAGGUCUUCUCAGUAGUGACCACUGAGGUCAGCUGAAAUUUUACUAGUACUGCCCCAGUUUCUAAGCUUGUCCCAUGAUGAACCAUUAUGCCUAGCAUUAUGAUGAACAGUUUUGCACUGUUACUAUGUGCUUAUUUGAUAUCCCUUCAAAUUACUGAGGGAACAUUUUUAAAAUAAUUGUUUAAUCCAAUUCUUGACCACAAAAACUAUUUUUACAGCAUGAAUGUAACUGGGUUGUCAAACUUGAACUUUCAAAAAGGGGAUAUUUUGGAGGAAGUCUGUUUUGUUUAAUGUGCUGUGUACAUGUUUUCAUUUGUAUAUUUAUGGUUCUUUUCCCCAUUAUAAGCAUAGGUUGUACAGAUAAUUUAUUAGAGGGUAUAAUUUAACACACUCUUUUCUCAGAUUAUUCUAUGUGUUUUUGACCCAGGCUUCCUUAAAUUUAGCUGAUAAGAAAGCCUGACAUUCAAGAAAAAUGAUGCAAAUUAUAUUCAAGAUUUUUCCUUUAAAUUUUUUUUUUCUUUCAGUGUGCAACUGGAAUACCCUUAAGAACAAAUGCAUUGUCAGGGAUAUAUUUCACUGAAUGCAUGUUUGAAUGUCUUAAUCAUGAUGGGGUUUUUUUUCAACUGUUGCUACAAGAAUUGCUACAAUAUCAGAAACAUUUGGAUUAGAUUUGUAAUUCCUGAGAAUAAUGACAGCUAUCAUGUCUUGUGAGAAAACAGCUUUCAGGAUCAUAUUCAUCAGCUGUUGGGCUGGAACAAUAGGAAGGUUUUGAUAGAAUUUUGAAAAGUGCUCAUCCAAAGUUGUCAACAUCCAUUGUUUCUAUCACCGGAUGAAUGUUAUUGUUCAAAACUCCUGCUGGA